GAAGUUUGAGUAUUAACUAAAAGGAAGUAAAAAAAUUCCAGUAUAAAGCAUAGUAGAAAAAGACCGGUCAUUGUGUUGCUCUAUUGCCUUUUGCGUAACAAUUUAUUUCUAAAUAAUACGCAUAUAUUAAAGUCUAGAAGAUGUUCGUGGCACGUCGCACCGCACGCUUGUAUCCAAGUGGAAUUCAAUUGGCGAAGAUGAGCAAUAGCCAGUUGGGUGAUUUGGGUAGCGGCGCAGGUAAGGGAGGCGGCGGUGGUGGCUCUAUUCGUGAAGCUGGUGGCGCUUUCGGCAAAUUGGAAGCCGCACGUGAAGAGGAAUAUUUCUACAAAAAGCAAAAACAACAAUUGGAACGUUUGAAGAACGAUCAAAUUCACCAGGCUGAAUUCCAUCAUCAACAAAUCAAGGAACACGAAGAUGCCAUUAAGCGUCAUAAGGAAUACCUUGACAAUUUGAAUAAGUAAAAGAUGAGCUUUUUUCAUACAUUCGACUUAACUAAUUCCAAAAGAGAAAUAAGAAAAUAAUUGAAAAGUGAGACUUUUUGAAUUCAUCGCUUUUUUGCUGAAAUAAAAGAAAUAACUUUUUCACUUAACUUUAAAUGCAUUUGCACUGUUUUAGAAACAUUGUUUAUAUGAAAUAUUAAAUAAAAUAAAUAUAUAAAAU